AAAUGUUUGACCAGGAUUAUUAGACAGAUUCAUCAGUCAAGAAAUGAAUUAAUCAUUUUUCAAAAUUUUGACAUUCAAGGCAUAAGCAUGUCGCCUGUAACUCCUGAAUUGAUGAAGUACACAGAAAAAUUUGUUUUUCCAUUCAUUAAUGAUGUCACUAAUUAUGAGAAACUGGCAAAAAUUGGUCAAGGCACAUUCGGUGAAGUGUUCAAAGCGCGUUGCAAACGAACGGGUCGAAUAGUUGCUCUUAAAAAAAUCCUAAUGGAAAACGAAAAAGAAGGCUUUCCAAUAACUGCAUUGCGGGAAGUGAAAAUGUUGCAAAAAUUAAAGCAUAAGCACAUCACGGAACUAAUAGAAAUAUGUAGUAGCAGAGCAUCGGCACACAACCGUGAACGUAGCACUUUCUAUUUGGUAUUCACUUUUUGCGAGCAUGAUCUUGCUGGUUUAUUAUCUAAUACCAACGUUCGACUUUCUUUGGUUCAUAUAAAAACACUGAUGAAACAUUUAUUAGAAGGACUCUACCAAAUACAUUUUGCUAAAAUAUUACAUCGUGAUAUGAAGGCUGCAAAUGUCUUGAUUACAAAAGAUGGUAUUUUGAAGUUGGCGGAUUUUGGUCUGGCGCGACCAUUGUUUUCUAAAUUACCUGGUCAACCAGAGCACUGUUACACGAACCGAGUUGUUACUCUGUGGUACCGUCCGCCUGAGCUACUUCUUGGUGAACGUCAUUAUGGGCCCCAAAUUGACAUGUGGGGCGCAGGUUGCAUCAUGGCUGAAUUAUGGACACGCACUCCCAUCCUACAGGGGGAAAGUGAACAAAAACAACUUUCAUUAAUAUCUAAUUUGUGUGGAAGCAUUAAUUCACAGACAUGGAGAGGUGUGGAAAAUUUGCCACUUUUUGGCAAAAUGGAGUUGCAACAAAAUCUGAAUCGUCGAGUUGUGGAACGUUUAGAAGCCUACGUUAGAGUAAAUCUUGCUGAAAUCGUGAAAAUAAAUAUAUGUGAAGAUCGAAAUGCUUUAAAUUUGAUCGAUAGCCUUCUUGUCUUGGACCCAUCGUUACGUCUCGAUGCCGAACAGGCUCUCGACCACUUGUUUUUCUUCACACAACCUCAUCCUGCAGCUGAUGUGAAAGAUUUGAUGAGUACUAUCUCGACAAGUCUAUUUGAAUAUACUGUUGGAAGAGGAGCACACAGUGCUCGCGGUCGCGGUGUACACCACCAAAAUCGUCAGAAUGUCCGGCCUUCAAUAGCAUCGCAGGGGCAGUAUGUAGAUAUGGUUUUCUAA